AUGCUUCCUUCUUCCAAAAUGUUUACGAAGAUUGUCUUCGUCUUAACUUGCUGUCUUGCCCUUGCGUCUGUCGAUAGUACUCCUCUUCAAGAUUUUUGUGUUGCAGACCCCAACAGCAAAGUUGCUGUCAAUGGCUUGGCUUGCAAGGAUUCAAAGCUGGUUGUAGCCGACGAAUUCCACCUCACAGGGCUGCAUUUGACAGGCAACACUUCAAACCCCUACGGGUUCAAGGCGACUCCAGUUACAUUAGCCCAGCUACCAGGGCUGAAUACCCUGGGAGUUUCAAUGGUUCGUCUAGACUUUGCACCAUGGGGUCUUAACCCUCCCCAUACGCACCCAAGGGCUAGUGAAAUCUUGACUGUCUUGGAAGGCACCCUGGAAGUGGGGUUCAUCACUUCCAACCCUGAGAACCAAUUGUUCAAGAAAGUUCUUAACAAGGGUGAUGUAUUUGUGUUUCCUAUGGGCCUUAUUCAUUUCCAGAGAAAUGUUGGAUAUGGGAAUGCAGUUGCGGUUGGAGCCCUUAACAGCGAGAGUCCUGGGGUUAUUACCAUUGCUAAGUCAGUGUUUGGUUCAAAUCCAAGCAUUCCCAGCGAUGUUCUAGCAAAGGCUUUCCAGGUUGACCAGGAUGUGAUUUUUCAGCUGCUAGCUAAGUUCUAG